AUGUGGAAGAUAUCUUUCAAUUUCAUUUUUCAACAUUUUUUUUCUGUCUUUUUCGUAGCCUCCACAUUUGUUAUUUUCUUUUUUACUGAAUAUGUAUUUUAUUCUAUUUAUUUCUCUUUUCUUCAUUAUUUUACUGUCUUUGAUCUCUUUCAUUCCUUACUUCAUUUUCUUUCUUUCUUGGGAUUGAAGCAUUUCUUUCCAUUUCUUCGCUCUUUCUUCCUGUUUUUACUUUCAAUUCUUUCCUUCCUUCAUUACAUUUUUUAUACUUUCUUUCUUGCACCUUUUCUAUCUAUCUAUCUAUCUAUCUAUCUAUCUAUCUAUCUCUUUCAGGCAUGCGAGUGUAUUUUCUUCUUUCUGUUUUUGAUAACUUUCUUUUCUUUCGUUUUUCUUUGUUUAUUUCAGUCUGUAUUUAUUUAUUUUCUUUCUUGCUAUUCUUUGUUUUACUUUAUCUUCUUCCCUAUUCUUUUCUUCCCAUUUUCUUUCGUUGUGUUCACCUUUCUUUUCACCUUUUCCUUUCUUUCUUCUCUUUCACUCCCAUUUUUCCUUGUUCUUUCUUUCCUUCUCUUCCCUUUAUUUUUUCUUUUUUCUUUCUUUUUUUUUAUUUUCCUCCUAUUUCUUCUACUUUUUCCUUCCGUUAUUUCUUCCCUCCCUUCGUUUUUACUGGUUCCUUCUUUUUUUCCUUCCUCUUUAUUCUUUUCAUUUCCUUUUUUUUCUUCCCCGCCCCUUUUGUCCAUUCUUUUCCGAUUUUACAAUAUAAGCGUUUGUUUCUUGGGAUUACUUGCUAUCCGCUACACUAUUCACUUCCAUUUUAUUCUCGUCACUGAAAAACUUCUGUCACAGCCUUCCAGUCUCUUCUCAUUGUGCAAUCACUUCUUAAUCUGGUCGGACAUUGAAAUCGAACGUUCCCUUCCACGGACUCUUCUCCAACGUGUCCGUAUGAUUGCUGGGAGAGACAUUUAUAAGCGAUAUGUGUUUUGUUUUUUCUUUAAAGUAAAUGUAGCAGCAUUAGAACGAAUUCCACAUUUCUCGUCUUUUCUUCCUUCACUGCUUGAGAAUUAUUUUCGAAAUUACUUCCCUUUACGUCUCUCUCUCUCUCUCUCUCUCUCUCUCUCUCUUCUUUUUCCUUUCUUCUUCUUCUUCUCCUCGUUUCUGUUUUAUACGUUUCACUAUUAUUUUUAUUCCUAUUCUUUUUUUCUUUUCUUCUUGUUGUUUUUCUCAUUGCCCCCCCCUCUCUCCCUUUUAAACUUUUGUGUUUCCUUAUCAUGGAUUCUCUUGUUCUUUCUCUUCCAUUUCUCUUUCAUUCUUUUACUAUGUUUCCUUUCGUUUAUUUCAAUCAUUCACUUGUAUCUAUGUCAACACUAUUCUCUUCAUAUCUUAAUAUCCUAUAUCACUAAUUCUAUCUAUCUAUCUAUCUAUCUAUCUAUCUAUCUAUCUAUCUAUCUAUCUAUCUAUCUAUCUAUGUCUGUUUACCUGGCUGUGUCUUUUAUUCUUCCUUUACUUCUUAUCUAUAUUCAUUCAUUUCCCUUUUCUUUUUCCAUCCCUUCAUUCAAUCUUUUCAUUUUGCUUUUUUCUCCUUCUCUCUUCCUUUUUCUGUUUUUCCUUUUUCCACCUCCUUCAUCAUUUUCUUCACUCCUUCAUGCUACGACGCAUUUCCUUGCGGUUUUUCCUUCCAUUUUCUCUCCAUUCUUUACUUCACACUAUUUUCCUUUAUUUUUCGUUGUUUUUUUCACUUGCUUUCUUCUCUUUCCCCGUCUAAAUUUUCGCCUUUAUUUUCUUUCUUCAUUUUUCUACCCUUUCGUCUCUACUUUCUUUCUCUCUUUUUUUCCUUCAGACGUCAACAUCCCUUUCUCUCUUCUUCACACCUAUUUGCUUUUUCCCCUUGUCUGA